AUGCUCGCCGUUCUCAUCGAAUCCAUUCUCAACAAGUGGCGCACGAUGCCACAGGCCCACGUAGACUUGACCGGUCGCACCGUCGUCGUCACUGGUUCCAACACUGGACUAGGACUAGACAGUGCAAAAAUGUUUUACGAGAUGAAUCCCGCGCGUCUUAUUCUCGCCGUGCGUAGCCUCGAAAAGGGCGAGGCUGCCAAACAGUCCAUCCUCUCUCUUCAUGCUGGUACCGCCAGCAGCGAGAAUGCACCAAGUGUCGAAGUUUGGAAACUGGACAUGGCAGACUUCUCGAGCGUCGUCCAGUUUGCCGAGCGAUGUGAGAAAGAACUGGAGCGUCUCGACGUAUUCCUCGCAAACGCAGGUGUCGCGAGCGAGUCGUGGGCUGUCACAAAAGACGGGUGGGAACAAGGGAUCCAAGUCAACGUCCUCUCGACGAUACUCCUCUCAUUACUCGUUACAGACAAGAUGGUCCAAACAUCCAAGCUCACUGCACCUAAACCUGGUAUCGAGUUCGUGCCGCAUCUAGUCAUCGUUGCAAGUGACGUACACUUCUUUGCGCCAUUCAGUGAUCGCACGCAACCCAACAUCCUCGUCGCACUCAACGACCAAAAGCGCUUCAAUUCGUCGACGCGAUACACGGACACUAAACUGUUUGAGAUCCUCCUCACCCGUCACUUGGCGCAACACCACCCGGUCUAUGCGUCCUCUAAUGGGAAGGGACCCGUGCUCUGUACCGUCAACCCAGGUUUUACUCGCUCCGACUUUCACCGUGACUGGUCGCCGGUCUUUAAAUGGAUAAUGUACAGCGUCAUGGCACGCCCGACUCGCGAAGGUGCAAAGAAUCUGAUAUGGGCAUCCUUGGACGCAAAGAUUACGUCGGGCUCAUACGUUUCCUCAUGCAAAGUUACGCAGCCCUCUGCAUUUGUUCGAUCAGAUGAAGGAGUGGAAGCUGGAAAGAAACUCUGGAAAGAGCUCGUCGCAAUUCUAAAUGGAGUCGCCCCCCAGAAAAGAAUGCGUGGACAUUCUGAGGCGAUGACACCAAAGCCGCCCUCUCGGCAACUUGAUCUCGCUACGGGUAUAAGCGCAAUGUGA